GUUUUUCUCAGAUCGAGUCUUUGAGUUUCUCAGUUUUUUGCGCGCUAUUUUUCCUCUCCUCUCCCUUUCUCAAUCUUCUCCACUCAACGCCCGGUCGCACGGCUCUCAACCACUGCACAGCCAGACAAAUGCCACACGCAGUCAUGGCCACGACUCCAUCGUCCGCAGCGACGACCUCUUCAUCCGCGACAACGAGCGGCGACACGCGGCUGCACAUUGCAGUGCGCACGCGCAGCUUGGAGCAAGUCCAGCGCGCCCUCGACCGACCUGAGCUCACCGAUGAACGGAAACGAUCGCUGGUGAACGCGGCAAACGCGGACGGUCGCACUGCCCUGCACGAAGCUGCGUGUCUGGAUAACGAGGCCGUCGCGAAGCUCUUGCUGGACCAAGGUGCAGAGAUUGAUGCCCUGAAGAAGGCUGGAUGGACACCGCUCAUGUUGGCGCUAUCCCACAAGCGUAAUGUCAUUGCAAGGAUGCUCGUUCUUGAGGGUCGCGCCUCGUUGUUCACGUCCAAUAAGGACGGCUGGACUCCACUUCACAUUGCGACACGAGAGGGAGAUCCAGAAACCAUUCGAUUUCUCAUCAAACAAGCGCCCGCAACGGUCGCAAUGGCGAGCAAAAACGGUCGCCUUCCCAUCCACACUGCAGCGUUCCAUAAACACGUCGAAGCCACCGCCAUUUUGUUGUCGGAAGGGUUUGCUGAUCCGGUGGCGCGAGACGUGUGUGGCAUGACUCCCCAAAUGUUUGCUGCAUCCAGCGGAUCUGCCGCGUGUCUGGCGAUGCUACUGGCCUUCCGAUGCGGCUUGACGGUCGAGGAAAUGCUUCCUCGUGCCGAAUCUCCUUCUGGUCAAGACGACGACGCCCACGUCAUCGAUGCUUGUGAACAAGCCUUGUUGCGCCUCAUUUCCAAACAGCACGCACGCGCGGUGCAACUAUGGCAGAUGUUGCUCGAGCGUGACAAGUGCGGGACGACGGCAUUCCUGCACGCAGCCAUGACAAACAGCAUCCACGUCCUCGCCUUCCUGCUCCGCUUGGUACAUGAGUGCGCGGAGGCGCUGGCACCCGCUCUCAAUCAGCGCGAACUUGCAGAGGAGGUUUUUGGCCAUCCCACUCUCAUGGCGCCCGACCUUGUUGUUGAAGACCCCGAUCUCGACAAUGGCGCCAGAGUGGCCAGGUUUGUCAACACGACCGAUUUCCGUCUCAAUACUGCGCUGCACAUUGCUGCUCGUGCUGGCGCCAUCGACGCUGUCGAGUUUUUGGUCGAGCGUGCCCAUGUUGAUCGAUCGCUGGAAGACUCGUUUGGCCGCACCGCCUGCCAGCUCGCGCAGCUAUGCGAGCAGCCAAUUGCACAUGCUUACCUGCGAAAGUUGGAUCGGCAUCCGUGCUGAAGCGAGCUGUUGGAGCGAAUUUUGGCUGUGUCCAUGUCGAUAGUCUAAAAUUAUUUCACAGUCGGUCUGAGCUUUGCCUUGGCUGUUUGUUUCAUUGGUUUUUUGUGUUUUUUGUGUUUUUUUACUCAAUCUUUAUCUUUACAAGCUGUGCGUGGUUAUCCACACAAGCAACCAA